GAUAAAGUUCAGUAGAGUUUGGGGAAGUCUUGCUGGGAGUCACAGAAGAGCAGCAGCAGCUUCAGGAGGAGGAUGAGUGUGUGGGUUACAUGAGAGCCUGGAUGUAGAACAAGUUACCUGCAGCAGCCUGGACAGGGCAUGACCACUGGGGUGACCCUCAGCCUUCAUACUGAACAAGGCAUAGGAUCCUUCAUCCACUGCUUCAUCAUUUGUGAGCCAUCUCCAGGACCUGUCACCCAGGAGCCUCUCGCUUUAGUCAGGUAACAUCGAAGCCAUCUGUAAAGAACUGCAAUCACUACAACCCUCACUGGAUCAGUAGGUUUCUGCUGGGAAAUCGCUUCCAUUUUGAGGUUGCCACAAUGGCGAGCAAAACGCUCCCAGCUCCAGUGCCUAUCCACCCAUCUCUGCAGUUGACCAACUACUCCUUCCUUCAAGCCUUCAAUGGUCUUCCAGUACCUGCCGACCACAUUCCCAAUCUUUAUGGCUUCAGCGCCCUUCAUGCAGUUCAUCUUCAUCAAUGGACAUUGGGAUACCCAACAUUACAUCUCCCCAGAUCUUCCUUUUCUAAAGUUCCAGGAGCAUCCAGCUUGAUAGACACCAGGUUCCAGAUCCCAGGUUUUCCUCUUUUUCCUCAUGUUUUCCACCCAAAACAUGAAUCUACAGGUUUUCCCAUUAAAACCAAACCAAGAUUUGACUUUGCCAACCUGGCGGUGGCCGCCACACAAGAAGACCCUUGUAAGCUGGGUCAACUGGACGGGCAAGGUUCUCCUCCAGGUAUGGGUGCUCUCCUAGAUGUCACCAAGCUUACGCCUGAGAAGAAACCCACGCGUGGGAGGCUACCUUCAAAAACCAAGAAAGAAUUUGUGUGUAAAUUUUGUGGGAGACAUUUUACCAAGUCCUAUAAUCUAUUGAUCCAUGAAAGAACCCACACAGACGAGAGACCCUACACUUGUGACAUUUGCCAUAAGGCGUUCAGAAGACAAGACCAUCUGAGAGACCACAGGUACAUCCACUCUAAAGAGAAACCAUUCAAGUGUCAGGAAUGUGGCAAAGGAUUUUGUCAGUCAAGGACUUUGGCCGUACACAAAACUCUUCAUACACAAGUUAAAGAGCUAAAGCCUUCGAAAAUUAAGUGCUGAAUCCUCGACGCCUAAAGACUACUCUAAAUAUAUAUAUAUGUAUAUAUAUAUAUUAAACACUAUUUAACUCUUACUAUUGCUACGUGUACAUAGGACAGAACACUUGUCCGUUACAAGGAACUUUUUGGAUGAGACUUUUCGGAUAAGACUUGGCUUUCCUCGGAAUUGAGUCUAACGAAGAAAGUGACGUGGUGGCUCUGGCAGUCUCUGUGCCAAGAGGGGGUGCUAACAUCAUACUUUUCCAGUGGAGGCCCCUUCUCAUCUCGAGAAUCUGCUGCUCAUGCACACAGCAGCCCUGACCAGGAGGAUUAUACAAGAAAUAUGAAUUCCACCAACAGGGUUAUUUUAUUGACGGACCCUCCAGACAUAGACGCAAUGUCUGUACGUCUGUAUUUUCACGCUUGCUGUUGUGAUAUGCUGAUCUUGAAGGAGUUUCUCAGACAGUCAGUAAUUAGGUUGUCACUCUCUCACCCGCCCUUCCCCUUUUUUUUGUUUAUUGUUAAUUCUAUUUUCUGGAGGAAAAAAAAAACGAAAAAACUGAAAGUUGUUUCUUUUUUUUUUUCACUGUGAACACAAAGGGAAAAAAAUGCCGAAUGUUUUUUUUUUUGGCUCACCGUGUGUAAUAAAAACGCUUUGCUUCAGUCUGCAUGCUGGAAUGGAGUGGGGGCCUCGUACAUUGUCUUUUAUCGCGUCUUGUAACAAAUCUCAAAUUAUUGUGUAAGCAGAUAACAUUCCAGUCUUAUUUAAUGUUUUAUGUUUUCUUUUGGUAUUGUAUUUUAUUUAAAUUUUUUUAUGGCAUUUUUUAAAAAAAUGUUUUCGUUGCAAUAGCUCUCUGGUUUUUUGGCACUUUAUGCUGAUAUACAAAUUACAAAUUACCACUUGUCACUGGAUUUGUACAAUAAAAAGGAAAUAUUCAAAUGG